UCAUUUUGUCCGCUUGUGUCCGGGAUCUUGUUCUUUCGGUCACGACCCGUAGCUCGUGACGUUUCGCUAGUCCUCCAAAUGAACUUUGCAGUUAAGGUGAGAAGAACAACGGAAACACUAUGGCGGAAAUUCCAGUUUUCCCAACGGGCAUUAAGAGCUGACCAAGCACAAAAAAAAGGUGAGGUGGGAUGAGGACAAAUCCAUGAUUUUCAAACAGAGACUUAACUAAAUCAUAUUGUGAUGAUGUCCCAUAACAGGAAACGACUUUAAAGAGAGUUUUAUUUGACAACACAACAGCAACAAGAUAGAUAGCACUGCAGGUCUUGGUCGUUAUCUGGUCAGUGGGCCACGCUGCAGAUUUGACCUCCACUUCCUGUUUCCUCCCAUCAACCGUCACGUUCGCUCUGCUUUUUUGUUUGUCUGCCUCAUAUGGCAAGCCAUUUGAGCAUUCUGGCUUUGUCUCCUGGCUUGGUAGAACAUCGCGGUGGCAGUGGACUUGACCGCUUCCAACAUGUUGACCUGCUUGUUGACGCUGACGCUCACCUCCACGCUCCUCACAGCCUCCCAUGGUCAGAGCGCCGCCGGGGUCUUCCUGUUUAUCGAAGGCGGAGCUUACACCUUCAACUUUACCGCCGCGUCUGCCGCCUGCCACUCGCGUCAUGCCACCGUGGCCACCAUCGCCAAAGUGGAGGAGGCGCUGCGCCACGGGCUGGAGACCUGCAAGUUCGGCUGGGUAGCGGAACAGGUGGCCGUCGUCCCGCGACUGACAGCGAGCAGCAAGUGCGGGAAUGGCAAAACGGGAUUGGUCAAGUGGAACGCCAGGGCGGAGCAGGCCUUUGGGGUCUUCUGCUUCACUGCGACAGCCACCCCGCCAACAUUGACCUCGUCCACGACAACUCCCAUUGCACCUUCAAUCCCCUCCUCAACAUCGCUGCCUUCCUAUUCACAGACGACAACCAUAACAACGCCACCUGACUGGACGUCCCAUCAAGUCCCUAUCUCAACUUCCUCUGCAGCUCUUCCUCACCAUGCCUCUUCCUCCUUCUCGUCCGGGGAUUCUCUUCCUUCUCAUGUCAUCACUUCAUCACCCACUUCCUCUUUCUCCUCCUCCUCGUCCUUCACCUCAGCUCCGACUCAUGCAUCUAAUCAGCAAACCCAGAAGCCCGCCGAGGCACCCUUGAAAGCAGUUUGGAUGGCGCUCAUUGUCCUCGGCAUCAUUUUCAUAAUGGCGUCAGUGGCUGGAGCGUUGUGUUACUACUACAAAUUGAAUAGUGGGCCCUGUAGGUCGCAAGCCCUGCAGGGGGAUGAUGUGGAAGCCGAAAUAUGGAAGCCAACCAACAGUCGGACGGCUCUUCAUCGACAACACGACUACCAUGACGACGAGCAAGAGGAAAAAGAUGAGGAGGAGGAAGGAGACGCAAAGUAUUCCAGUGACAUCAUGCUUUGUGUGAACCCAUCAAUGAGCGGAGUUUCAUGAAAAUCUUAUUUCAUCAUACCUUUUCUGACAGUCAUUGUCAAUCAAAAAUAUUUUUAUUGUAUGUUCUAAUACGUUUUUCAAAUAAAGAUUUUUUUAAGUGCAAAA